GUGUCGUGCGGAUUUCUAGUCACACAAGCUGCGAGGACGACUUCUUGCAUUUGAAGCGCGCUUUACAUGUACAUAGUUUGUCCAAAUUUGCGCCAGAGAAAGAAAAAGAAGUGCCUGGAAAAGAGAGAAAGGAGGAGGAAAAAAAGGGGGGGGAGGAAUUACCAAAAACGCAACACGUAUCCGGUGGGGAUCCCACACUCCUGAGAGAGAGAGAGAGAGAGUGAGAGAGAGAGAGAGAGAGAGAGAGGCGGCGAGAGUUGAGAGCGAAGGGUGCGAGGAAGAAGAAGAAGAGGGUGAAAGAUUUUGACAUUUUCGCUCGUAACAACGCGUCUUUUUUGGGGGGUUUGGCAAAAGAGGAAUAAUGAGGAACGUUUGGAUAAUUUUGACCCUCGCGUUGACCGUCUUCCUCUCCGGGGAAAGGAUAGCAGAAGCAGCCAAGACUUCCUCUCAGGCUGAUGACUUGUACCUGGACGACACAGGCUCAGGAGGCUACUACCCUGAAGAUGAUGAUGACUUUAACUCGGGGUCUGGCUCAGGUGGAGGUGAAGAAGUGGUGGAAACAGUGACUGUCAGUAUGGUUUAUAUUGAGCCCAAAGCAGCAGAACCGACCCAGGACUCCACCAAAGAUUUCACCCCCAGGGUGGAGACAGCCACGGUUAGAGAAAAGACCAGAGACAUCACACCAAGGAAACCACUCAGAACAGAGGCACCUGUUCCAGUAACAGAGGAUAUGCAGAUUAACCAGCUGACUAGUACGACCAGUGCUCCCGGCUCACCUCAAGAGGCUGUCGAGGUCCGCACUGAAAACCUCUUCCAGAGGACAGAGGUGUUGGCAGCUGUUAUCGCAGGCGGUGUCAUCGGCUUUCUGUUCGCCAUCUUCCUCAUCCUCCUCCUGGUGUACCGCAUGAGGAAGAAGGAUGAGGGCAGCUACGACCUGGGAGAGAGGAAACCCUCCGGCGCCGCCUACCAGAAAGCCCCAACCAAGGAGUUUUAUGCAUAAAUAAACCAGCCGCCCUCCCCCCGUCAUCAGAACCACACAUUACGAGAGACUGUAAAAAAAACACACACACAAAAAAAAAACAGUCCAUGACAACAACAAAACCUGUUCACACCCAACAAGGAAAUGUUUUUUGAUUAGGUAACCCUAGAAUAAAGGAAAGCUUUUGAAUAGAGUAUUGUAAAUUAAGACCUUUUCUUUCUUUCUUUAAAAAAAAAAUGAAAACCAAGCAUUUCUCAUUUUAUGGCAGAUCUCAGUGUAUUUAAACAUUUUGUGUAUUAUUUGAAAAGGCUGGAAAAAAAAAAAAACAGGAUCUGUAAAGGCGAGGAAAACGAAUCGCACCUGUCUUCUGUCAAAGGAGCUGUUUUUAGUCGCUGACUACUUUUAACUGUAGCAGUAUGUUAUUUGUAAAAAAAAAACAAUUUAAAAGUGGAAAUAAUUGAAUAUAAUUAUUCUGUAUCCAACCUACUUUCUUUUUUUUUUCUUUUCGUCCUAGCAUGUCUGAUGUUGAUCUCUAAAAGGUGUAUAACAUUAAUUUAUCUUUUCUCUGAUGUUAAAAAAAAUGCCUUUGUAGUUUUGAUGAAGCUUUUUUUUUUUUUGUCUUCAUAUUAACGCUGUUAACAGUCAAUGUAAAUGUUCUCCCUUCAGGUUACAAUGUUUUUUUUUUGCUCUCACAUCCGUUAUUUUUUUUUCUUUCUCUAGGUCAAACAUGAGCGUUUCAUGAUGUCUUGUUUAUUUGUUUGUUCUACUCAGUUGUUUUUUUGUUUUUUUUGACAGCGUUUUAAUUUCAGGUCUUUAAAAGCUAAAAAAAAAUAAUAAUAAGCGUGUCAGGGCUCAAGAAAAUCACAAAUCUCACUUCUGUUUUUAUGUCUCGCUAAUCUUCUUUUUUUUUCUAUUUAAACGCGUUCUUGUUCUCAUCUUGCACAUUUCAUAGCUUCUACUUCUCACUGCUGUCCUGCAGCUUUGCCAGGCUGUCGAGUGUUAUUGGAUGUUUUUAAGCCCAUUGCCAACCCCCCUCCCCAAUGUGUCCCUUGAGUUUCCUGACAGCACCCAAACUCUGCAAGCACCCUUUCACCCUUACAUCUCCUCCCCCCUUUCUCUGUUUACCCUAACCUCCCUCACUCCCACCUUCUUUUUUUUUUUAAUCACACUGGAGCACAGCCAGUUUAGUUGUCAACCCCUGAACGGCCCCUCCAUUUUGCUCUCUCUCUCUUUCGGCUGUAUGGUACCACCCGGGUAGCCUGCCGUUAUUGUCCGUGUCCCCGGUGUCGAUCUGCAAACUAAAAGGGCCUGCUUCUGCUUGGACAUAAACGCACCCAAGCCCAGGGGCCGAGUCCCCCACAUGCAGAGCACAUACCUCUGCAGCAAACACCACCAGAGACGGCCCCUGAACCUAGCCUCUCUUGAUUGGAUUGAUAAAGGCUGCACAGAAAAUGUAAGACUCCGGUGUUAUGACACUUUGAGGGCUAUUCUUGUUGAUUUUAAGUGUUCAGCACAAGCAUUUUAAAAAGCGACGUGAGACGAUGGUCGUUUACCAGGUUUAAAACCACAAAAAUAAUGUUGUUUGAUGCCAUUUUGCAUCCCUAAAUGAGCUUAAAAGGCCACAAAUGGCUACAUUGAAUGAAAACUUAAGUUACAUCACAUGAUAGCAGGUUACAGUCUUCUUUUCUUUUUUUACAUAAGAACUAUAUAAACUUGCUCUGAAGAGACAAAAAUUGUAGGGCAGGUUUACGGAUUGCCUUUUUUCAACUGUAUAGUAACGUGAAGUGGAAGUUGUCACAUUAUCCUUCCACCCCCCACCCCCCACCCCAUCUCUGUUGUCCUCUCUUGUCGUAGGACUUAAGGUACUGAACUAUACUGAAAAACCCAAAGACUCACGGUGUUUCUACUCCCCACCCCUCCCCCGCCCCCUCCACCAUGGCCACAUCAUGUUGUUUCCUUAUUCUCUUUUAUUUUUCCGUCACUCUUUUAGUUCUUUUUUUUUCUCUCUCUCGAUUAGAGACCUGACCUUUGAGUCCAAUUGCUUAUUAGUAUAUGAAAAGAUAUAUAAAUAUAUAUAAAUGUAUAUUCACAAAUGUUUUAAACCUUCAAAGUGCCUACCAUUUGGAAAUGUACUUGCUCACGGUGAGCAUGUGGCAGGUUUGUACACAUAGGAGAAGUGUAAACGACUUGACUUGCAUUCUGUGAGCAUGGAUGACUGUAAUGGUAACUUUUUUUUAGUCUUACAAAAGCUGACAGUAUUGUACCUAUAAGUUGAAACAACACUACUGAAUAAACAUUGUGGCCUAAUA